AUGCGACGCAAGGCGGCGGCGGCGGCGCUGGUGAAGAUGGCGGGGGCGAGGAAGCGGGUGAAGUUGGGCGAGUUGCGCGCCGUUGAAGAGGAGCGCGUCGAACAGGUAUUGUGUCUUGGGCGUGUCCCUCUGUGUAUGUGUGUGUGUAUGUGUGUGUGUGUGUAUGUGUAUGUGUGUGUAUGUGUGUGUAUGUAUGGCGUCACACUUUGUCAUCACUUGUUUGUGUAA